AUGGCAGAAAACAUACAACGCAUUCAGAUCUCUUCGAAAACCGAAGCCGAUUUCGAUUAUCCCUCUGCAAAUAAGCCUUGUAAGACUGGGUACAAGAUAAUCAGCCCUGCUGUCACGGACUCUUCACGCAUACCUCUAAUCUGUAUUCAUGGCGGUCUCGGAAUGACACAUCACUACCUCUCAACACAUUCAAUUCUCACCGAGAAAUACGGCAUUCCAGUCAUUUUCUACGAUCAAAUCGGCUGCGGCUUCUCUACCCAUCUGCCAGAAAAAUCGAUAGAUCAAAUAUUUUGGACAGAAGACCUUUUUAUUGCCGAACUCGAGAAUCUCAUCGCACAUCUCAACCUCAAGGAAUAUGAUAUCCUAGGAUCCUCUUGGGGAGGCAUGAUGAGCUCUCGAUUUGCUUCUCGACGACCGGCCGGGUUGAGGAAACUGAUUCUUGCCAACGCCCCUGCGGAUAUGAACCUAAGACAUGAGUCAGCUCGUGAAUAUUGUCUGGAUCUACCUCAGGAUAUUCAAGAAAUCCUGCUCAAACAUGAAAAGGCUAAAACAGAGGACUCGAAAGAGUGUAACGAAGCUUACCUCGAGUUUCCUGGACAUGUAUGCAACAUAUAUCCAUUCCCACCCGAGCUCGUGGCAUCAUUGCAGCACGCCACUGAUAGGACGGCCGUCAUGGCAAUGGAAGGAACCGGGAAGUUCAAGUAUGACGGGGCUUUGGCAGAGUGGAGCAUGAUUGGAGAGGCAAAGAAAAUUCAAGUUCCAACUUUGCUCAUUAAUGGGAAUAAGGAGAUUGCUAGUGAUAAGGCUGUCACACCAUUCUGGAAGGAUAUUCGUAAGGUAAAGUGGGUGAAGAUGAUGAAUAGCACGCACUCGCCACAUUUGGAGGAGAAGGAGAGGUAUAUGGAGAUUGUUGGGGAGUUCUUGACUGAACAAUAG